AUGACCGGCCUGCCGAUCGAUCAGGUCGAUGCCCUCAGCAGGGUGAAGACGACUGAGGAGAUCGGCGGCCUUCUUCAGGGUUUGGUUGAGGCGCUCGGUUUUGCGGCCUACUCCUACGUUCAUGUCCGACCGCCGCUGGGCAAGCGCAUCCGCUCCUUCGUCCCGGCCGAUUCGCCGAACGGGCGCGUGGUGCACGAGUUUCUCGCCACCUUCCCGGAUUCCUGGAUUGGGCACUAUCUGGCGCGCGGCUAUGGCGAUAUCGAUCCGACUUUCCUUGCCGCAACCGGCACCACGCUGCCGUUUGACUGGCUGACCCUGACCGCACGGGGCGACCUCAGCAGCGGUCAGCGCCGGCUGUUGAACGAGGCCGAGGAUUUCGGCCUGGGCCUUGGGGCGACCGUACCCAUCCACGGUCCGGACAGCGGACUGUCGACCCUCAAUGUUACCGCCCGCCAGGCCCAGCCGGCCUUCGAGGGAACAUAUCGGCAGUCCCGCCAUGACCUCGUCUGGAUCGCCGCCCAGGUUCACGAGGCUUUUCUGCGGCUUUCACAGGACGCGCCGGAAACGCAGCGCGUGCGCCUUACCGACCGCGAACGCGACUGCCUUUUGUGGACGGCGCGCGGGAAGACCGCUUGGGAGGUCGGCCAGAUCCUCUCUAUCUCCGAAGAGACGGUACUGUUCCACCUGAAGAACGGCACCCGCAAGCUGGGCGUCUUCUCAAAGCAUCAUGCCGUCGUCAAAGCCUGCCGGGAUCCGAAACCAGGGGGGGACCGCGCCGUGAUCGACGUUGUAACGCCGGAUUUCUACAGCGCUUACGCCAAGGAUCUGAGGGCGAUGUUUCAACAGCGCUUCCGCGUUUUCAGGCAGCGGCUGGGCUGGGACGUUUCUUCCGAGGCGGGUGAGGAGCGCGACGGCUUCGACACGCUCUAUCCGACCUACCUGCUUGCCAGCGACCAGGACGGCGCGCUCGUCGGCAGUUGGCGGUUCCUGCCGACGACCGGUCCCUACAUGCUGCGCGAUGUUUUCCCGGAGCUCCUGGAAGGCGAGAAGGCGCCUUAUCAUCCGCUGGUCUGGGAGGGCAGCCGCUUUGCGGUGGAGGGCCGCAGCACCCGCGGGCGCACCAGCAGCGAGCUGCUCUGCGCGGUGACCGAGACCUGCCUGGCGAUGGGCAUCCGCGAACUCAUCACCGUCUACGACGCCAGGAUGGAGCGCCUGCUGCCACGGCUGGGCUGUCCGCCGCGCCGGCAGUCUGAAGGCAGACGCAUCGGCAAGGAAAUCGCCUUCGCCGGCCGCUUUGACAUGACCCAUGCAACGCUGGCGAACCUGCGCGCGGUUGCCGGCAUUCGCGGCUCGGUCAUCCGCAACGCCUUCGCCCUGGAACAGCAGAAUGAGAUGCCGAUUGAGCUGAGGCUCUGCGAUCCUCUUCAGGAUGCCGAGGCCAUCAAGCGAUGCCUCGAUUACCUGAGGAUCGAAGCCAAACGCACAGGGCUUUCCUUUGCCGCCCACCUGAUCGGAGUCGCUGCGGAGGCCGUCGAGGACUCGAUCGCGCUGACCGAGAAGUCGGUGGCUCAGGUGGAGCGCAAAGACGCCAAGCCGGAGAUCUGCACCAUGAGCCUUGUCGUCGAUCGUUGCGAAGGGUUUGGAGAUCUUGACCGCGGGUCCGCCGUUCCGGCCUUGAAGGGACUGCCGCUGCUGGGCCUCGCGCCGGCACUGCGCCGCGAUCCGCUGCGCUUCUUCACGCGGGUGGCCGCGGACCAUGGCGAUGCGGUCUGGUUGCACCUGGGACCGGACCGGGUCCUGAUGGUGAACGACCCAGCGAUGAUCCGUCACGUUCUGCAGGACAAUCGCCCGAACUACGUGAAGAGCCGCUUCUACGACAUGAUGCGGCCGGUUCUGGGCGAAGGCAUCUUUCUGGCCGAGGGCGAUGACUGGCUGGGGCAGCGCAAGACCGCGCUGCGCAGCUUUCAGGGUUGCCAGCUGCGCCGCAUGACCGCGGCGAUGCAGGAUGCGGUCGACGACAUGCUGCAGCGCUGGCAACUGCCCGCGGCCCGGGGCGAGGCGCUCGACGUUGUGCCGGAGAUGAUGCGGCUGACCCUGGACAUUCUGAUGCGCACCCUGUUCUCCGUCCGGCUGGACGGUGACCACGAAGAGGUCUUUCAGGCCAUGACCGUUGUGCUGCGCGACGCGGAGCGCCGCGUCUGGUCGCCGUUUCAGAUGCCCCGCUGGCUGCCGACGGCGCGCAACCGGUCGGUGGCGAAGGCGCUCGCCGUCCUCGACCGCUUUGUCUACACCAUGAUCGCAGAGCGGCGUCGCGCCGGCGCAGAGGAACGCCGGGACAGCGAAGACGCAGGCGGCGAUCUGUUGGACCUGCUUCUGGCCGCGCAGGGCCAGGACACCGACAGGAAACUGCGAGACCAGAUCCUGUCGAUGGUUCUCGCCGGUCACGAGACCACGGCCAAUGCCUUGGCGUGGUGCUGGUACCUGCUGUCCCUGCACCCGGAAUCCCUUCGCCGCGUCACGGCCGAGGCGGAGGCUCUGCCCGCGGGGCGCCCGCCGGCCUUCGCCGAGCUGGCCGGGCUGACCUAUACGCGCUGCGUCUUCGACGAGGCCUUGCGGCUUUAUCCUCCGCUCUGGACCUUCUCGCGCACGGCGCUUGCCGAAGACGAAAUCGCCGGGCUGCCGGUUGCGGCCGGGACGAACGUCAUGCUGAACGUGUUUGCCGUCCACCGCCGGCCGGAGCUUUGGGACAACCCGGAAGGCUUCGAUCCGGCGCGCUUCGAUCCCGAGACCGGCGACCCGCGCCGCCGCUUCGCAUACUUUCCCUUCAGCGACGGACCGCGCAGCUGUCUUGGCGAGCGCUUUGCGGUUCUCGAAUCCCUCAUCGCCAUCAGUUCGGUGGUGCGCCGCUUCGACCUGCACCUGCUUCCGGGGCAGGACGUCAGGGUUAUGCCCGCGCCCGUCUUGGUGAUCCUGAUCUAUCUGAUCGGGUUGGGUAUCGUUUAUCCGGCGCUGCCCUUCCAGGCCCUGGCCUUGGGAGCGAGCCCGCUUCAGGUGUCGAUGAUCCUGGUCACCGAUACGGCCAUGGUGCUGCUGCUGGCGCCGCUGUUCGGGCGCCUGAGCGACCGCUUCGGCCGACGCGGCGUGACCUGCCUGGCACUGGCGACCGCCCCCUUUGCCUAUCUCCUGAUGGCCUAUGCCGACUCGCUGCUGAUGCUCUUUGCGGCGCGGGCCCUCGCAGGCGUCAGCAACGCGGCGGUGCCGGUGAUCCAGGCGCUCAUGGCCGACAGCACCUGUCCGAAGCGCCGCGUGCACGGGAUGGCCAACGUGAAUUCCGCCUUCGCCCUCGCCUUUAUCGUCGGGCCGCUGCUCAGCCGCAGCUGGCUGCUGGGGCCAGAGGGCGACGACUAUCAGGCGGGCGCCCUGGGUGGCGCGGGCUUUGCCGUUUUGGCGGUUGUCCUGGCUGUCCUCCUGCUGCGGGAGGUCCGCCAGCCGGGGCAGGCCGGAGCCGCUGUCCGGUUCGCCAGCUCGCGGGCAGGCCUCCUGAAGGUUCCGCAGAGGCUGUUUCUGGCGCCUUUGCUGUUGGGGCCCAUCGUGAUCAUGGCGCUUCUGGCCUUCGCCUAUGCGGCGAUGGAAGCGACGCUGGGCCUGUGGUCGGACCGGGUGCUCGCGUGGCGCGCAUCCGACGUCGCCCUGGGGUUCAUCUGCGCCGGCGUGGCCGCCCUGUUCAGUCUCUGGGUUCUGAUUCCGCUGCUCUGCCGGCGCAUCGGCGAGGAAGCCGUCGCCGCCGCUUCGUCCCUCGCCAUGGUCUUCGGCUUGUUGCUCUUCGCCUUCUGGCCCGGCGACCUUGCGAUUGCCUUUGCGAUGAUGCUUCUGGGCGCCGGCGUUGCGACGAGCCUUUCCUGCCUGCAGGCUCUUCUGUCCAAGGCGGCACCGGCUUCGGCGCAGGGGGCGGUGCUGGGCGUCAAUCACGCCGUUCUCAGCAUUGCGCGCAUUCUGGGGCCGAUCUGGGGCGGGUUUGCCCUCGGCAGUCUCGGGACAAGCUGGCCGCAUCUCUCCGGCGCCGUUCUCGUUGUCAGUGCGCUGAUCGCCUUGAUCCUGCUGUACAGGCCGCGCGCGCAGCCCCAGGAGGCAAAGAUGAACGUUGCCAGUUUCCUCGAUGCCACUGCCACCCGAACGCCGGCGGCAACGGCCGUGGUCCACGACGGCAGGCGCUACAGCUACAGGCAGGUGGUGAGGGAGGCCAACAGGGUUGCCAACGGUCUGCAGGCCGAAGGCUUCGGCCCCGGCAGCCGCAUCGCCCUUGCCUGCAACAACAGGCCCGGGUUUCUGGCCGCCUACUACGGCAUCCUCAAGAUCGGCGCGGUUGCCGUCGUGCUCAGCACGACGCUCAGAGAACGGGACAUCCGCUUCCAGCUUGAAGACUCCGGUGCCGAGGCCCUGCUCUGCUUUGAGGGUUGCGGCGACCGGGCCUAUGCCGAUGAAGCCCUGCCGGCAGCCGAUGCCGCGCCGCACUGCGCCAAGGUCUGGGUCAUUCCCGCCCGUCCCGAGGCAGCCUCUACGGUGGCGGGCUAUCCCGCCCUUGCCGAUCUGACGGCCGGUCAGUCAGACCGCUGCGCCACGCGCAGCUACGCAGCUCAGGAGACGGCCGUCAUCCUCUACACCUCCGGCUCGACGGGGCGUCCCAAGGGCGUCGAACUCACCCAGUCGAACCUCAUCGAGAUGGUGCGGAUCAACCGCGGCCUCGCGGCGCCGGCGGCCACCGCCGUGCGGCUGGUUUCGACGCCGCUGUUCCACGUGAUGGGCCAGAUCUGCGGCAUGAACCUGGCGGUUCUCAACGGCGAGACCAUGGUGCUGGUAGAGCGCUUCGAUCCCGCCCUGAUCUGGCGCCUCAUUGUCGAAGAGGCGGCGACCUACUUCGUCCAUAUGCCGAUCUUCUACCGCUACCUGCUGGAGCGCGCUGAUGCGGUGGACACUGCCGCGGUGCGGCGCAGCCUGCGCCUCUGUGCGACCGGUGGCGCGCCGCUGCAGGACGAUCUCCGCACCGCCUUCCAGGCGCGCUUCGGUCUCCCCCUGGUUCCCGGCUACGGCCUGACCGAGGUGACGUCGAUCGUGGCCUGGGGGGCGGAUAUGCCGCUGCCACGGGCAACCACUGUCGGGAAGGUGGUGCCCGGUGUCGAAGCGGUCGUCGCCGACGGGGCCGGCAGGGCGCUGGCGCCGGGUGAGGAGGGCGAGAUUCUGGUGCGCGGGCCCGGGGUGAUGAAGCGCUACCUCAAUCUGCCUGACGUGACAGGGACCCGUCUCAGGCACGGCUGGUUCCACACCGGCGACAUCGGACGCUUCGACGGCUUCGGCCGGCUCGACGUUCUCGGGCGCGUUGACGACAAGAUCCUGCGCGGCGAGGAGCAUAUCUACCCGGCCGAGGUGGAAACGGCGCUCAAAGGCCAUCCGGCGGUCCGCGAGGCGGCGGUCAUCGGGAUUCCCGACGACGUUCUGGGUCAGGAGGCGAAGACCUUUGUGGUGCUCAAGGAAGGCUGCGCCCUCAGCGGCGGCGACCUGCUCGGCUGGCUGGCACGGACGCUGCCCGACGGCAAGUGUCCGGGUCUGCUACAGUUUCAAGAGAGCCUGCCGCUGACCCCGACAGGCAAGGUCGCGCGCCACCUGUUGCGCUAG